AUGUCUAUUUCCAUUACCAGCACCGAUCUACUGCAACAGUCACUGCCUAGUAUCAAUAUUGGACCAAACUUUACGCAGUCGAGUGCGAUUCACAAUAUUCAAUACAUCGGACCGCUACGUCGUUGGGCGACCUUUAAGAAUGAAGUCACUACGACAUUUCAAAAUAUGAAUUGGAGCCCUGUCCCUCUCUCGGUGACUCUCGUCAAUGCUCCCAUCCAUGGACCAUUAUCAAAUGAGCACAUUCGAUGUGGUGAUGAGAUAGGAUUACAGGGUCGUUUUGAUGAACGUGUAGGACAAUUUUGA